AUGCUAAGCUCGUCGGAGACGGCCACAGGAUUCAGUGGUCAAAAACCGACGGAUCAGUUUCCGGAUCCAGCAAAGCGACAAAUGCACUGGGGUGAUGACAACAACGGGGACCUGGAGUUCACGAAUACCAAUGGCCAGACCGUGUUGUUCUCGUUCAAGCAUGCCACCAAAUUCCAAAGUAUCUGGAUUGAUCCCGAGAUGAAGGGAGUGCCGCGCCUUACUAAAGAGCGCUCGUUAGAGGAUGAGGGACUACAGUGA